UUAGAACCCAGGCUCUCAACAAUGGUUCCACUGUACUCUCUGAAGAUGGGAAGAGAUUAUGAGAUACGAGUCCGAUCAAGACAACGUACCUCCGAAAAAUUUGGGGAGUUCAGUGAAAUCCUUUAUGUAUCUUUCUCUCAAACAGGCGUUGAAUUUGUUCAUUGUGCUGAAGAAAUUGAGUUUCCAUGGUUCUUAGUUGUUAUCUUCGGAGCAUGUGGGCUGGCCGUAACAGUGAUCUUAAUCCUGCUGUCUAAACAACCAAGGUUAAAAAUGCUGAUUUUUCCUCCUGUGCCAGUUCCAAAGAUUAAAGGGAUUGACCCAGAUCUCCUGAAGAAAGGAAAGCUAGAUGAAGUGAACUCCAUCUUAGCCAGCCAUGACAACUACAAGACGCAGCUAUACAAUGAUGACUUGUGGGUUGAGUUUAUUGAGUUGGACAUAGAAGACCCCAAAGAAAAGAACAGAGUCUCAGAUACCAACAGGCUCCUGAGUGAAGAUCAUCUGAAAUCACAGAGUUGCUUGGGAGCAAAGGAUGAUGAUUCUGGACGGGCCAGUUGUUGUGAACCAGAUAUUCCAGAGACAGACUUCAGUGCAAGCGACACAUGUGAUGCCAUCUCUGAUGUUGAUCAGUUCAAAAAGGUAACUGAAAAAGAAGAGGAUCUCUUGUGCCUUGAUAGAAAAGAUAAUGAUGAGUCACUGCCAAGCCUUGCCAACACAGACACCCAACAGCCACAUACAAGUACUCAGUCCGAAAACAGCCAGCCAUGGCCACCUUUUGCAGGCAGCAUUGACUCAGCUAGUCCAUCGGUCCAUACUCAGCUAAGUAACCAGAAUUCAUUGACAAAUACGGACUUUUACGCGCAAGUGAGUGAUAUUACUCCAGCAGGCAGUGUGGUACUUUCACCAGGGCAGAAAUCCAAGGUGGGGAGAGCACAGUGUGAAGGCUGCACAGAACAAAACUUUACCAUGGACAACGCCUACUUCUGUGAGGCAGAUGUGAAAAAAUGUAUUGCUGUGACUUCCCACGAAGAGGAUGAGCUGCACGUUCAGGAGCAAAGCUGUAACGAGGAUGCUUACUUCACCACAGAGAGCCUUACCACUACCGCUAUCAAUCUUGGAGCUUCAACAGCAGAAACCCCAAGUUCAGAGAUGCCUGUCCCAGACUAUACAUCUAUUCAUAUUGUUCACUCUCCACAAGGCCUUGUGCUCAAUGCAACUGCACUGCCUGUGCCAGAUAAGGAAUUCAACAUGUCUUGUGGCUAUGUGAGCACAGACCAGCUGAACAAAAUCAUGCCGUAGCUCUUCUUUGACUAGGUGUGUGCAGUAUUUCACAGCAGAGAGUCAGCUCGGGCUUGUAUGCUGAAACCAAAAUGAAGUCUAAAAGUUUCUUGUGGUUCUUAUAAUUUUAACUGAAAUGUUGCAACAUAAAAUAUUCAUCAGAAUAUUCCUAUUGUGUUCUGUAAAUAUUAUCUAUGAAUUUGUCUUGAGACUGUUUUACUAGCAGUGACUGUCUUGUUCUUGUGGGUGUUGAUUUUUGUGAUACUAAACAUUGAAAUUACUAUGUGUAAUGUAACGUAAAUCAUGCAUUUUGAUAAAGCUAAAAAU